AUGCGAGCUGGACUACUCAAUAGUGGACGGACUCUCGGUAUUGGAUGCUGGAAUGUGCGAACGUUCCUGGAUUCCGGUACCCAAAGUCUGACCGCACGCAGCCUUUACCAGUACACCGUGGAUGUCUGCUGUCUGUCUGAAGUUCGACUCCCUGACUCGGGCUCCCGUGAAAUAAAGAUCCUGGGAGUCGAAUCACAUUUCAACCAGUACCACAGCGGCCCGCGCGAUUCUUCUGGUCGACACGGUGUGGAGAUCGCCCUAUCACAACAAGCGGACCUUUCGCUACUUGCUUGGGAACCAGUCAACGACCGGAUGGCUUACGUGCGACUGAAGGGUCACUUCACGAACAUCUCCGUCGUCUCUGUGUAUGCACCAACUUCGGCUGCCGAACAGCACGAUAAAGAGGCGUUUUACUCUCAGUUGCAAGCGCUAGUUGAAAGUCUGCCUCGCCGCGAUCUGCUGAUUAUUGCUGGCGAUUGGAAUGGUCGAACUAGACCUGGCGACCCCACAACCCGUCAUCUUGUUGGCCGCUUUGGGCUUGGUUCCCCAUGUGAAAAUGGUGAGAGAUUGCUGAACUUCGCUGAUCGAAACCGACUGCUUGUCACCAACACAUGUUUCCAGCAUCGCAAAACACAUCUACUGACCUGGUAUUCAAACGACGGUCAUGCGGCCAGUCAGAUUGACUAA